AUGGGUGGUCAUGCACACCCAGCGGUGACCAGAGCACGAUCGAAUACGCAUCAAGGCCACAACCGAGUGGCACAGUGUUGGCCCACAAGCGGCACUGGAACAACCCCACCGAAUGGGUCGAGGCCUCGUGGGAUGCUUGCAGCGCGCAGGCGCUGUCCAGAGACCAAAAGGAAAGGGGAAUAUAUUGGGUUGCGGAAAACGACUUCAACGAUAGCUAGGAAUGUAAGCCUUUUUAUACUCUUAAAUAAAAGCCGAUCGCACCUCUACGAUGAGGGAUGGGACGACCGUGAUGAGACGCUAGGGAUGCCAGCCUGCGCUGAAAUCGCGUGGCACAGCGGCGCUAUAUUAGUUGAGAUUAUUGUUGUAUCGAUGGGUUGGGAAGUACGUAGUCGAAGUACUUGUGGGGGCCAAUUUAUUCGCCGAGGCACGAUCGAAUAUGACGCGGCACAACAAGUAGAACAAGUAUUGGUUCCACAAGCGCCACGAAAACAGCUUCACCGCCAACUUGAAUGGGUCGAGGCGACAUGGGAUGGUCGCGACACGCGUACAGUGGGGCCCUGGAGCUUUCAGGGCGCAGUCUAGAGAGCGGCGCUUGAUCAAAAGGAAAGGGAAGUUGAGGUUGGGUUCCAGAAAACGAUAGCUGAAAAAUGACAAGCUUUGACGCACAGCCGACACCCACUCGCCUGCAUCCUAAGAGCUCAAUUAAAAGCUAAUCGCUCUCCUUGAGGAACGGGAUGACCGUCGUGAAAUGUCG